AAAAAGAUCUGAGGGACAAGCGUGAGAGUGUUUGUUUGUGUGCGCAUUGAUAUUAAAAAAACUCUCUGCUUUUAAUUCAGAACCAGGUUUAAGUGUAACUUUGAGGGACUAUAAACUAAUAGGAAAGACAAAAGAGCUAGUAAUACUGAAACAUAUCAAUUGAAACGCAUUAUUUGCGUUUUAAACAACUACGGAGACUUGAAGCGUCAACUGACUCGACCGUGGCGAAUGGCGUCUCCCGACACCUUCUAUUAAGUUUAAAAGUAUUUUGUGAAUAUAAAAAUAUUUUGUGAAUAUUUUAUUUAUAUUUUAGUAAAUUGAACGUGGCGAAUGGCGUCUCCCGACACCUUCUAUUUAGUUUAAAAAUAUUUUGUUUGUUAAAAAUCGAGUCAGUGUAGCAAGUGUAUUUAAAGAGAAUAAUGUGGUAUAAUCCUCUUUGGAUGUGUUAGUGAGGGCAGCGCAGAAACGUAGGUUUCUAAAUAUUUAUUAUAAAAUAUUUCAAAAGGGUAAUCUGUGUGAACCACUGCUUGACAGAAGUCGAUGACGCGCGCGGCCGACAAGUGUGCGCGCGCUCUCAUCAUGAAUUGCAUAUCGCCACAUGUGUUUCACUCACAGCAUCACAGACUGAUAAAAACAACUGAAGCACAUCUAUCUCCUCGUCAUCUCCGCGACGAAGAUGAUGACGAAGAACUGCACGAGAGACAUCAGGAGCCCUGCUUGAGGAGGUUUGUUAGCAUGGCAGAUAUAGAUCGCAUUGGCUUACUGUGACAGAUUCAUCACUUUCCACCCACUGGAACCACCAUGGGGGAGAGACUGGCCCGCACAACCCCUCUUUUGUCCCGUGGCCGUGCGUUCGGAUGGUCCACCUCCAGCAACAGCAUCAAGCUGAAGACCUUCGGCCACAACGGCCACGAGUUCUCGGUGCCGAGCUCGACCCACAGCCUGGAGGAGGCAGCAGCGUCCCGCUCUCCUGUUUCACUGGAACCGGAGCCCGCGGUGAAUAAUGGAUCAAGCGCAUCCGUCGCUCCGGGUGGCUUCACAAAGGACCCACCGGCGCACAGCGAGCGCUUCCAGCCCGUCUCCAUCUCCAGCGUCCCCAACGCCCGCUACACGCGCAGCCCCUACCACACCAAGACUAGCAUGCAGGGCGAUGUGUACAACUUCCUAGAGAGACCCGCCGGCCUGAGGUGCUUCAUGUAUCACUUCCUCGUGUUUCUCAUGGUCCUAGUGUGUCUGAUAUUCAGUGUCCUGUCCACCAUCGAGCAGUAUGCAGACUUCGCCUCAGGAUUGCUCUUCUGGAUGGAGAUCGUGCUGGUGGUGUUUUUCGGGACGGAGUACGUGGUGCGGCUGUGGUCGGCCGGCUGUCGGAGCAAAUAUGUGGGCAUUAAAGGACGUCUGCGCUUCGUCAGGAAACCCAUCUCCAUUAUAGAUCUGAUAGUGGUCGUCGCGUCUGUCGUGGUUCUCAGCGUCGGGUCCAAUGGGCAAGUGUUUGCCACGUCCGCAAUCAGAGGGAUCCGUUUCCUUCAGAUACUGCGCAUGUUGCAUGUGGAUCGUCAGGGUGGAACUUGGAGGCUUCUGGGAUCAGUGGUUUUUAUUCAUCGACAGGAGCUGAUCACCACGCUGUACAUCGGGUUCCUGGGUCUGAUCUUCUCCUCAUAUUUUGUGUAUCUGGCGGAGAAGGACGCAGUAGACGAGGAAGGGAAGACGGGGUUUUCCAGCUACGCGGAUGCUCUAUGGUGGGGCGUGGUUACGGUGACUACGAUUGGCUACGGAGACAAAGUCCCUCAGACGUGGAUUGGGAAGGCCAUCGCCUCCUGCUUUAGUGUGUUUGCCAUCUCCUUCUUUGCUCUGCCUGCGGGCAUUCUGGGAUCGGGCUUUGCUCUUAAAGUCCAGCAGAAACAGAGACAGAAACACUUUAACCGGCAGAUUCCCGCCGCAGCCUCUCUCAUACAGACGCUGUGGAGAUGCUAUGCUUGCGAGAAGUCCAACGGGUGUACGGCCACGUGGAAGAUGUACGUGCUGACGGGCGACUACAUCCCCAUCAUACACUCGGAAAACUCCAGUCCGGGCAACUUCAGACGGCUGAGCAAGCGAUACAAGCGGAAGCCCAAGGCCGUGCGAGAUAACGGUUCUCUGGGUCGCGGAGGAGAACGAGCCAUAUCCAUCCCGCAAAUCACCUACGACCACAUCGACGAUAAAGACGCGGUCUUCUCAGACGAGUCCUCAGGCUUCACAAAACUUUUCCGAUCGUCAGAACGGCAGCGCUCGUGGUCGGCUUUCGCUCUCAGCUGUCCUUCUUCUCCAGUUAAGAAAAAGUUGGAUGACCCCGUCAUCUCCCGAAACAACAGUCUGGUGGAUGAACUGGACUUCACUGGAGAAGACAUCGCUCUUCCUGUAGUAACAGACACUUCACAAUCUUCCUGUUCCUCAGAUGUGAGGUGAAGGAAAACUCCUGUUUCUC